AGAAUGUCGGUGGGUGUUAGUGUUUUCCUUAUCGCCAUUGGAUUUCCUCUCCGCCGCUCAAAGCUGCUGCUCCUGCGGCUCCAGACACUUCCUGCACCGAGACACAGUUUACACUGCGAGCCACUGUCUGUCGUCGAGAGGGUGGACAAGAUGAGGAAUAGAGGUCUUUGGGAGGGGACGUAAAGCUUGACUCAUGGCGUAAACCAAGGACCCACCUGGAACCACCUCCUCGUUUGUCUUCUGUUCCGUUUGUUCAAGUCCCGUCUCCCUUCAUGUUCAGCCAUGGCCCCAAUGAAACCCUAAUGUUUCACAGUAUCCCUCCUCCCGUCUGUGUUCGAUGUGACUGAGAUUAUCGAUAGCAAUAGCCGUAUCAAAGGUCUUGACAAAGCUCAGCUCGUCCUAUCUUUAUGGCAUUGAUGAUACCCUGACCAGCACUACUUGUCAUGCAAUACGCUUUACACAAUUUUCAAUUGCACGUCAGUUUAAUUUUAUUGUUGUAGCCUUGUUGUUCGAACAUUUUUUUUUGUUUGUCUUAUUUGUACAUGAUGAAUCCAAACUCAAUGCAAACGUUUGUAUAAUUAUUUAUAGAUGUCGCUGCUCAGCUGCCUUAAUUUUCAUUCUAUAGUCAGCAGCUCGAGAUUUCGAGGUAUUUGAAACCUUAUUGUUUACUUAUGCAGUCUCCUUGAACAACACUCGUUAUUCACGUGAACACUAGAAUUUUGUAAGUCCCCGUACCUUUGAGAUUGUUGAUGUAUUGUCUACUCUGUGAACUAAAGACUUUGGGAGUUUUCUCGACGGAAUAUUCAAACUGGAAGACAUUUUUUUCCUCAUUUAUGUUUAAAAUAGAAAGUAAGGAAGAGGAACUUUUUCAAAAUCUGGAAAUUCAAGCACUGGAGAGGAAAAUGAUUUGAAGGAACUUUUCAGGGAUGAACUUCACGGACUUGCUUUCAAAUUGUCUCUCAAAAUCUUCAUAGGACCAACUAAAACUGUGAAAAAACACACACUAUAAUUUUGCCGACACUUUUUUUUUUUUUUUUUUUGACCUUGCACACGUGACUGGUGAGGAUGCGAUCACCAGAACCUUCUACACCUCCUCUGGCAGAAGCUCUCCUCCACGGUCAGUUUGCGAGUUGGGGGUCAGGCAAUAACAUCAACAAUAACAGCUGCCCCAACAGCCCUGGUGGUCCCGGCGGACUAUCCCCAGCUGCCUCGCCUACUCUGUCUCUCGCCUCCAACUAUGCACUGACCCUCACUCAUACCCACAUACACAUCCAGCGCUUGUCCCCACGACCUGGGAAGGAAGCGCGUCUCCUGCUGCCUUUAUCAGAACUGGUGGGCUGCAGCUGCCCUCGUGCCCCUGCUCCUCCCCUUCUGGUGCUGUACUGGUACCCUCCAGGGAAAAAGCGGAAAGGAGUGUCCAGGCGCAGGCAAGUCAGAGCGUACCUGGCAGAGAGCAGGUCGGAAGCCGAGAGAUGGUCGGCCGCCGUGCAAUGUCUCCUCAGAGGAGUGAGCGUCACUGCUGAGACAGAAUUUUCAAGAAGUCUGCUACCUCGUCCAAGACGACUACUGUUAUUGGUCAACCCCUUCAGUGGGCGUGGCCUGGCCAUGCAGUGGUGUCAGACCCACAUCCUGCCAAUGAUCCGAGAGGCCAACAUCAGCUACAACCUCAUACAGACAGAGCGUCAGAACCAUGCACGGGAGCUGAUCCGAGAGAUAUCGCUUCCUGAGUGGGAUGGCAUUGUCAUUGUUUCUGGAGAUGGCUUGUUGCAUGAAGUCAUUAAUGGACUAAUGGAACGGCCUGACUGGGAACAAGCAAUAAAAACACCAGUUGGAAUUCUGCCCUGUGGCUCUGGAAAUGCACUUGCGGGCUCCAUAAACCACCACGCAGGGUAUGACAUGUGCCUUCGGGAGCCUCUGCUUUUAAACUGCUGCUUUUUGCUGAGCCGAGGUGGCGUUCAACCCAUGGACCUGGUCUCUGUGACGACGAGCCCCGACCCGUCUGACAAAGGUCACGCUGCAGUGCCCAGGAGACUGUUUUCAUUCCUCUCUGUCGCCUGGGGCUUCGUGUCUGAUGUGGACAUUGAGAGUGAGAGGUAUCGAGGCCUGGGCUCAGCCCGCUUCACUCUGGGCACCCUGGUCCGUAUCGCUUCUCUUCGAUCCUACAAGGGCCGCCUGUCCUUCCUGCCGCCCUGCGUUGUCUCCAAAUCACCAGAUGCCACAACUCCUCCGCCGAGGAGGCCUCUGUCCCGUAGUAUCACAGAAGGCCUCGAGAGCUUCUGUCGGACGCCCAUACAUCGCACCUGCUCCGACAUGGGCAUCAGUGAACAGCGGAGCCUGCGAAAGGGUGAGGGGGAGAGGGAAAAAGAGGACAGGCAAAGAGAAAGGCAAAGAAGAAGGCAAAGGGCGAGGGGGGGAGGAACUGGUGUGGUGAGGGCCAGCAGCCUGGCAGAGGACAGAGAGAGGGAGGGGCAGCUGGAGAUGGAGGCAGAAGAGGAGCGGUCCGGGACCAGUUCAGAAUCAAAUGAAAGGGAUGAAUGCAAUAUGGAGAGGAAGCAAAGGUUGGAAGGGAUUAAAGAUGAAAGGGAGGAGGAGGGAAGAUUGGAGCAACGUUCCAGUGAGAUGGAGGAGGAGGAGAAUGAUGAUGAUGAUGAUGAGGAGGAGGAGGACGAAAGGGUGAAGGACGGACGAGGCGGUGGUGGUUUUGGGAAGGAGGCCACUGUGCAGCCUGUAAAAGAUCUGGAGGACAACAGUGGUUUAGACAUGGGUGAAGAGGCCGACGAAGAGCCAGAGUGUUGUUUGACCGAUGAAGAGUUCCUUAAAAACACUCGACAGGCGCUGAGGAAGAACUCGGCUCCUUCCAGCCAGAUCGUCAACACUCUGUUAAACCAGCCCCUCAGACCACCGGCCCAGACGGACUCCGGCUCUUCAUAUAGGAUACAGGACAUGGACUUGAAUGGAAGCUACUAUGACAGAGAACCUUACCCAUUAGACGUCGCUCGUGAGAGAGCUCUGACCAUCUCCUCCCCCUUUCGUCACUCCCCCUUUGCUCACAAGACCAAGACUCUAGACCAAAAUCAGAACCCCUCCAGACCCAGGCCCCUUUCCCUCCUUCAGAACUCCCACUCAAACUCUCUCCCCCCUAAACUCCCCUCCCUCUCACUCUCUCUUUCCCCCACGCCACCGUCCUCCCCGUCCUGUGCUUCUCCACACUCCUCGUCCUACCUUGUGCCCCGUCCUAACACACCAGGCUCGUCCUCACCGUCUCCCUGUCUGCGCACGCCGUCCUCAUCUUUUAACUUUGACAUUGCCGGGCCGGCAGGAUCCCUGAGGAACCGUCCGUUUGUCUCACUGCCUCCGAAUCUCCCCAGGGACGACUUGUUGCCCCCACUUGACCAACCGCUUCCCACUAGAGACUGGAUCACCAUUGAAGGGGACUUUGUCCUGGUCCUGGCCCUCUACCAGAGCCACCUCGGUGCUGACCUUCAUGCUGCGCCUCAGGCCAGGUUUAAUGACGGCCUCAUCCACCUGACCUUCGUGCGGGCGGGAAUCUCCAGAGCCACUCUGCUGAGGUUGUUCUUUGCCAUGGAAAGAGGAACCCACCACUCCGUCAGCUCCCCGUAUGUGAACCAUGUGACCUGCAGGGCCUUCAGGCUGCAGCCCCUGUCUACACGAGGAACCCUCACAGUGGACGGAGAACUGGUGCCGUACGGGCCACUGCAAGCACAGGUUCAUCCGUCCAUAGCCCGUCUCAUCGUUGGCGACACUGGAGUACAGAUUACCAGAUUCUAAUGACAGAUAAAGCACUCUUCUGAAUUACACACUCUCCAUUGCCAUCCAUACUGCAAGAGGAUGGGAGAUGGGGGGGCAGAGGGGCUGAGAGACUUAUACCAGACUAGAUUACACAAACGCUGCUGUUCUGGGUUCUAAUGAAAGGGAUAACCCUCAGAGCCAUGCAUCACUGGAGCAUGAGUGUAGGGAUUUAUAUUUGCAAAUAGAUGCAAAAAAAAAAGAAAAAUGCGUGUCGUUGCACAGUUGUUGGGUUAAACUCAGCACAGACUGGGAAGCAUGAAAGCUGCACCCACUGGGAUAAUGAGAGGGAAGAACAAUCGAAUGUUGGUGGGGUUUUUGUGCAGAUAGUGCAUGUGUUGGAUGUGUACACGGUAUGCAUGCAGUGAAGCACUACCUGAUCUUUGCCUUAUAUUGAGGUUGACUGGAGUCAGAUUAAAUUCAAUUAUUCCAUUCUUUUUGGUUGGAAUUGUAUGAAAAAAUAUUUUAGGUGCUGCGUGGUCCAACCCUUAUUAAAAUCCUCACCUUCCCGCAAAUGUUUAUGUCCAAAAUAAUUAUAAAUAAAAUAUGUCUCUAAAAGGAAUGCCUUAUCAGAAAUUGGACAGCACUGAUGUCCAUCCUUACCUGCACUUGAAUCCUAAAUCAUCCUGAUCUCUGUCCUUCUGUCAGAGAGUCAGUCCUCUGAAAAGCUGAGCUUCUCCUCCUAAACAUACUGGUCGGAGUCUUUGGUCCGCCAUUAUGUUUCUAUGCUUGUCCACUGAUAUGUUCUCCAGGUUUCUUUGAUUAAAACAACCAGGAAGAAGCCACUGUGACUUGUCAUUAUUAGCUGUUUUAACACGACACGUCACAGUGACACAGAGUGGAGGAGGAGGAAGACGGGAGCUCACCGUCCAAACAGGUAAAAACUACACCUGGUUGCUGGAAUAUAAGAAACUUUGAGAACGUAUGGUCUGGAACGUAAACCCAGUGGAACCAAAGCAGCUGGAGAAAAAUGUGGAUAAACUUACACUUUAAUGCCCAUCUGAGUUUGUUAAGUCAGGGGGAGAUGGAGCAGCAGCAAAGAUGGGAGCAGGGAAAACCGUUGAACAGUGACUGAAAUCAGUUUUGCCAGUGAGUGCAGUGUUGACAUUGGUGAUCCGCGACUUGCGGUGUGAGAUGUCUUAGCGUCUUAGGCUUGUUUGCCAUUGAUUUAGGGCUGUUUUUUUUUCUCUUUUUUGUUUUUGUCCGAGUCACACAUUCUUGCCAGCUCACUGUUCUCUGCCAACAAUAUAUCACUGUUUCAACGUAGUCAGCUUGAA